AUGCUCAAACCGACCGCGCAGAGAGUAAAAUGCAAAGAAGCUAACAAACAUGCACCGGACAAAGACGUCGAGCUCACCCUCGAGCUGGAGAUGGACGACGAGGUCAAAGCGAUCAUCGCCUCCCCGGAGAAACACGCCGACGCCAUGUUGGACGUGACGGUGCUCAAACCGCGCUCCGACGACCUCUACACCGCCCAGAAACGGAUAAUGACCGGCGAGGAGGUGAAGAAGUUCAUCGAGGCCAUGACUGCGACCGAGCGGAAAACCAGCGCUUCAACCUCCCGCCCUGCCAAAGACACCUCUACUGGCAAACCCAAUCAUAAGAGUCCGAUGGAUAAGUUCGCCCCUCCAACCGUCGAACCCCGUACUUCCCCAGCGUGUAAACGCAAUUUGAAUAAACCGGAGUUGGGCAGCUUGACCGAAAUGGACAAAGACAAGAUCAAGCAAGUCUACACGGCUUCCAGGACCUUUACGGAGCUAAACUCGAUGUUCGAAUGCCUGAACAAGUACCAGCGAGACGUGAAUUUGAAACCGGAAGAGCCCUGCACGUGCAAGAAUUGCUCCAUUCUAGGCGUACUGGCCGACGCGCAGAAGAGACCCUUCGCCGCCGAAACGACGCGCUCCAGCACCAGGAAGCUCUCCAAAGAGGAAUUCAACGCCACUAAAAAGAAGCUAGCAGACGGGAAUUGGAACCACUCGCAUUGCCAGUACUAUUUCAAGCACCUCCAGGAUAGAAUCAAGUCGCUGGAAGCGCGGGUGGCCGCCCAGGAGGAGCGCUCGGUGGCGAAAGACUACUUCAAAAGGAUCAUCACGAAGAUCAUGACGCACAUAAAUAAGGUCACCAGCUACGCCAGUCAGAUCAGAAUGGAAAUACCCCAUCAUAACGUCGCGAAACCCGCGAACAACCACCCGAAGGGCGUCUCCGACAAAUACACCCAGAAGUACGUGGUGAACCACGCGGAGGCGCCCAGCCUGGGCGGCCUGUGGAAAUGGGGCGAGGACUUCCUCAAGCCGGGCGUCGACAUGAAGAACAAGCUCAUAUCGCUGAUGGAGGACACGCUGAGCAGCCUGAAGAAGUCGAAGGAGAAGCCCAAAGAGGAGGAAAUCGAGCGGUUCGUCCAGCGGUUCUCCGCCGAUUUGUACAAGACCAUUGGCAGGGCCGACGGGAGCGACAAGAGGGAGAAACUGGUGGAGAUGGAGGAGCGGGUCAACGUGACGUACGUCAACUCCAAAGUGCUGAAGUGGAAGGAGACCGAGACCACUUUUAAGCUCGAAUCGGAUAAGGAAUCUUCGAUGAAAACGGUCAACGAUCACAGGAAGGUACAGGAAAUUUAUAAAGUAGAGUUUAUGAAGACGUUGAAGAGCACCCGCGAAGAGGACAAACGGAAAUUGUGGAGCAGCAUUUGGAAGCAGGCCGUGAACAAUCGCCAGGAUAGAAAGGACAAAGUCACUAUACAGAUACCGGACCGCAAGGACCCUAAAAGGAGGCGCGUCGAGAUCGCCUACACGCUGGGCGACUUGGAAUAUUUACUGUUAGGCCAGAAGCAUACUGAUAGUCGUGUACGUUAA